ACUCCAGGUGAACCUUCUUUCUUCACGUUCUGCCUACACGGCACGAAUGCAGAAUGAGACCAUCUAGAAAACUUUGAGCUAAACUUAAGGCCUUUAAACAAGACACUUUAUCUCCAACCUGCUCUUGUGAAACAAAGUCCAUGAACUCAUACCUGCUCUGCGUAUGUGUCGCACAUGGUGUCCUCCACUCCGCAGUCAUUGCACAAUAUAUGGAUGUAAAUGCUGCAGAAGACUGUCAUUUGGAGGAAAUUGUUUUACGAUGGUUUGUUGAGACUGCAUGCCGGGAGAAUUUAAAGUCCAGGUGUUAUCUCUUAGAAAUAGAGACGAGGUCAGAGUCAGCUGGCAAAGACCAUCCAGGUUGAGUUCAGACCUUCAGGCUGAUCAGGUGGAGGAGGAAAACAGAAGAUGUUACAGAUGAGGAGAUCAGCCCUCAUUCUGCUGUUGACUCUGCAGUUUGCGGCCCGUGGUUGGGCUCACCCUUGUGAGAGUCCUGCGGGGAAAUGUGACUUUGUGUGCGACUGUUCUGACUGCAGCGAUGAGCAAGACUGCGGCUACAGGGGAAAAGAGUUUGAGUGUGACUUUGAGGACGCAGGAAUGUGUGGAUGGACUGACCAGUCGCUCAAUGGCGCAGGGUACAGCUGGGAGAGACGUCAGAGAGGCGACACGCUGCCUGACAGUGGGCCAUCCUCUGACUACACCACCGGGACAGCUAUGGGUUGGUUUAUGGGGGUGAGUGCAGUCAAGUCUUUCAGUACUGCAGUUGCAGUUUUAAUAUCUCCAAAGAUGAGAGAGUCUUCACCAACCUGUCGCCUUCGUCUCAGAUAUUUCCUGUGGGACUCAGGUCACACAGGUCUAGGCUCUACACCCUUGUGGGCGUCCGUCCUUACCCAGGACUCUGGAGAGGCCAUAGUUUGGCGACCUGAGGCCACAAGUGUCCGUGGCUGGAGGGAAGCCACCAUCUUUCUGGGCCGUAUCCCCUCAACCUUCCAAAUCCGUCUUCACUCGCAGCGCUCUGAGGGACAAAGAGGAGACAUGGCAAUAGACCAGCUGGAGUUUCUGGACUGUGCUCUGCCCUUACAACUCCCUGGUACACAGUGUCCAGCAGGCAUGAUGGAGUGUAGGCGUGAUGCCUGCGUGAAACAGCAGCAGGCCUGUGACGGCAGCGACGACUGCGGCGACAGCACUGAUGAAGAGAACUGUGAAGGAUUCAGGCGCUGUGAUUUUGAGGAAGGCCUGUGUGACUGGGACUUGACUUCAUUGUCCAAACUGAAAUGGAUCAGGACAAAUCAGGAGAACAUCUCUAUGUCAGAUCCUCUGAAAGGACCAGGCAGGGAUCACUCUAACAACAGUGUAACAGGUCACUUCCUGUAUGUCACCGUCCCUGAUGGUGGUCUUACAAAUGAUUGGGCGGCUUUCCAAAGCCCCCGCCUUGAACCCACCAACAGCUCACAUCCAUGCAAGAUGGUGAUGUACACUCACCAGUUUGGGCCGAGGUCUGGUGGGCUGACUGUGCUGGUGGCAGACAGUAACAUCUACCCGGUGUGGGAGAGGGCCGGCGCUCUUGGCGACGUCUGGGUGAAGGCUGAGGUGGAAAUUGUCAGCAGCUCCGUUUUCCAAAUUGUGAUCAUGGCAGCAAUCCGGGACUUUGCAUAUGGAGGUAUCGCUGUCGACAGCAUUGUGUUGUCUCCUGAAUGCCGUCUAUCAUCUGUAAAUGAUACCUGGGCAAAGUUCCCCAAGCCUCCUAAACAGCCGUGUACUGUACCAGACCAAAUGUGUGAUUUUCAACGUGACUGUGCAGAUGAAGAGGAUGAAGCCAAAUGUGGGGAUUUUUCUUACGCUGAGGGCAGCUCAGGAUGGACUGACACCAGCAUUGGAAGUCAAGGUUGGAUGCUGCACAAAAAUUCCACAUCCAGAGAGGAGUACCUGUAUGUAGCUGAGGCACCAGGCCAGCAGCUGACUGAGGCCCAGACAAGGACCCCCCUCCUGGGCCCCACUGGUCCAGUCUGCUCCGUGAGCUUUGAUUUUGCUUUAACUGGGAAUCCAAGUCACAUUGGUGAGCUGUCCGUCAGGGUGAUUGACAGCAUGCUGGGCCCGCAGCCUAAACUGUGGGAGUUCAGUGGGAAGACUGGAAAGGAGGAGGAGUCGUGGCAGCAGGCCAACUUGACCAUUGGAGUCAGAAAACAUCGCUUUCAGCUGGCGUUUGAAGCGCGUGCUGUGAAACUUUGCCGAUGCGCAAAGAUUAAAGUGAAAAACGUUCACUUUGUCAGUUGUCAUGCUGACUAUACUCCAUAUUUUCCAACAGCGCUCUCGUGUAACUUUGAAAGUGAACUGUGUGGAUGGUAUCAGGACAACAGUGACAACUUUGACUGGACGGUGCUUGAUGGGAUAGACCACACCAUCGGGAUCGGUAGAAGCCUUGUUGUGGACAUGUGGAGUCCCUCUCUGCGAGGUACAUCUGGGCGCCUAAUUUCGUUCACACAGUCACCAGGUGCUACAAAUUACUGCCUGUCCUUCUUCUACAAACUCUACGGGCCGAACACAGGUGCCCUGAAUGUGAAACUAUUAGAUGACAGCGGUUAUGAGAGCCUCCUCUGGACCCGCAGCGGAGCUCAUGGCAACAUAUGGCACGAAGCGCACUGCCUGGUACCACAACAGAUCGCAAAAUUUAGGCUGAUGUUUGAGGCAGUUCGCUCUGGUUUUGACGGGCGAGUAGCCAUUGAUGAUGUGGUGUUUGUGGACCGUCCUUGCACUGUGCCAAGGAUGUGUUCCUUUGAAGGCCAGCGCUGUGGGUACACCAGCCUUGGUAAAGUUAAAUGGCUCCACCUCAGCGGACGCACUCGCAGGGCAACUGGACCCAAAAUUGACCAUACUCUGGAGAGUGAACUGGGCUUCUACAUGAUGGCUGACACCAGAGCGAACAUUCUUCCUUCUGGUGCCACGACAGUCCUCACCUCCCCUGUUCGCCAACGAACAGCCAGGACUGAGUGUGUCCAUUUCUGGUAUCACAUGGAAGGAGUGAAUCCUGGUUCUCUGACAUUAUAUAUGAAACCGGUGAAGGGAGAAAGGGUGAAGAUCUUCUCAAAUAGUCUGAACCAGGGAGAUGUCUGGCGCCAUGGCAGUGGUAACGUCUCGAGCGCUCUUGAGGACUGGCAGUUGGAGUUUGAAGUGGUUGGAGCUGGAGGAAAAGACACUCACAUUGCAGUUGAUGACAUCUUCCUUUCAGCUCACCCAUGUGAAGAUCAAGGUGCCAAGUGCAGUCUGGAGACAGGGAUGUGUACCUGGAGCAACACUCAAAACAUCAAAGCAGACAAACUGGACUGGGAGCUGACGAGUCAGGAGGCAGACAGGCACUACUCCAUCCCAUCCGAAGACCACACUCUAGGAACAGAGAGAGGUCACUUCCUGUUCUUUCCGAGCAGCAACCGGACGGCAGCCUAUGAAAAUGCCAAGCUGCUAAGCCCUCACCUGCCCCCAACCAAGGGAACCUGCCUAAAAUUUUGGGCCUACAAGCCAUAUUCAUCGGAUUGUGAGCUGAAGGUGUGGAGUCUCUCUGAAGGUCGUCUCCAGCAGCUUCUGGUGUUGAGUGAAAUGGGAGGACAGUGGAAACGUUUUGACAUCAACAUCACAUCUACUGAAGAAUACCAGAUUGUAUUUGAAGGAAUCAAAGGCACAUCAGGCGUUGUUGCUCUUGAUGACAUUGAGUACACCAUUGGAGUCAACUGUGCCAAUCAAAUCACUGAUCCAGUGAAAACCUCACCAAAGCGAGACAACACAGGAGGGAUUGCAGCAUCUGUCAUCGUGGUCUUGCUGCUGAUAGGCACAUUGAUUGCCCUGCUGGUCUAUUACAUGCGAACACGAGAGGGAGCCAAAGCUGGUCCGUCAUCAUCAUCUCCCAAAGCCGAUGCUGGUUUCAGUAAUGAAAUAUAUGAACCUAACAACACAGACCGUGUGAGAGUUCCACCACAGCAAAAUCAUCCAAUGGCAGCUGGCUUCAAUAAUGUCUCUGUCUCUGCUGAUGGCAGGGAGAUGGAGGUGGCAUGAGGCAGGGGGGGCGGGGGUACAGUCACCUCAAGGUGGCUUUGUGGAAUUGAGGCGAUAUCACAGCAGAAGAACUGCUUGUGUCGCCCUUACAUGACACACACACACACACACACACACACACACACACACACACACACACAAAACACAUGCACAGCCCACAUACUGAAACCCUGAUGCACAAUCGAUGCAACUGCCUCAGAUCUGGUUGAGCACUUGCGGGUUGCAGCUCUCUGCCUGUGGACAGGCAGAUGGAAGGCAGAAGGAGAAUGUGUCAUGGAUACAAAUUAGUUUAACUUUGUUUAAAUUGAGACUAGGCACAAAAUAGGUUGCAUUCAUUUUAUGAUCCAUUUUGGAUCCGUCAGAAAGUUUCACCAGUGUCAGCUCAAGUGCAUGGCUUAAAGGGACAUCAAUCUGAUUUGAAGUACUAGUCACAAGUACGGGUACUUCUCAGCCAGUGAUAUCUGUUGUGUAAUGACUCCUGUGGCUUUGAAUUAGCUUUGUCAAGUUGGAGAAAACAACGCUCAAUAACUCCUUACCUGGUUAUUUCAGCUGUAGCUCAGAGACUACCCAUAUACAACAAAAAGCCUGUCCUCAGAGCACAGAGCUUGAAAGACAUGAGGUUUCCAGGGAAGACAUUAGUGAGUUGCGUUAUGGGAGUAGAGGCUGACUCACAGUAAAGGACUAAGUCAGAGUAUCUCCACCUCUCUUUGUCUCAGUCAGAAAAUUGUGGAGUGUCUCUUUAAAGAGAAAGGAGAAAGAGAAGAAUGACUUCAAACAGACAAAUAAAACCUUAGAUAAGAUAAAAAGUUAGACACAGUUGACAUGUAAUCAACUGUUUGGAAAAUUACUGUAGGACAGCUGUGUUAGUUAAAAUGUGUUGGAGUGUGACUUUACUCUGCUUCAGUUGAGACAACAAGAUAUGGCUGAGCUCUGAGGAUAAAUGAAUGAAUAAUGAAUUGAAAUAA